AUGUCCAGCUCAAUUCAAGCCCAACUACGGAACUUGCCACCUGCUACCCGAAUCCUAGCUGGCACUUUCAUUGGCAUAUCAGCACUAGGUCUCCUCUUGUCGAUAUUCAGCAGCUCAUCAGAUGAUAGCGAUGAGCAAACUGGACUCAAAUUGUUGCCUCUGCUUGCUAUGGUACCUGGAUCUUCCAUUUAUCUUGUUUGGACUUUUAUGACGGCUGGAUUUUUGGAAACUUCUCUUUUGCCUUUCCUUAUCGACGGGUUUGCAUUCAUAAUGAUGUCUCGAUAUAUGGAACAUGCAUGGGGAAUGAGGGAGUUUCUCAAGUUUGUUGCAAUCGUGAACGUGUCUGCCUAUUUUGGAGCUUGGGUCAUGGCAUUGAUCGAGUAUGCUGGAACUCUAGAGCCUGCAUACUUCUUCGAAACGCAAGUGUGUGGUCUAGGAGGCAUCCUGUGUGCUUUUGUGGUUGCCUACAAACAGAUGGUUCCAGAGCACACCAUAACGUUCAUGCAAUUCUUCAGCUUCCGUGUCAAGCAUUUACCAUCAGUGGUCAUACUGGGUCAUUUGAUAAUGUGCCUGCUAAGGCUAGAAGGCCAUCUACAAUUCUGGGUAGCAUUAUACGGAUCGUUAUCAGCUUGGGUCUACAUUCGAUUUUACAAGGUUCAAGAUGGAAUACGUGGUGAUAGAUCAGAAACGUUCUCACUGUCAUCCUUCUUCCCUGAAAUAAUACAUCCAAUCAUAAAACCAAUCUCAAAUUCAACAUUCAACCUAAUGGUGAGAUUAAAACUAUGUCCGCCACUAGUCGGGACAGCGUCUGGUGGAUAUACGGAUUUGGAGACUGGGAAAUCAAGAGUAUCUGGCAAUAGCGGGAAUGCUACUGCUGAAGCAGAACGACGUAGAGCAUUAGCUUUACGGGCGCUAGAUGAGCGCUCAAAGGAUAGAUCAAAUGGUAUACCCGCUAUACCAACGCCGACAUCAUUGCAACAAACACCAGCAUCACAAUCAUCAGGAUCGUCUUCUGCUGCCGCUGCGCCGGCAGCUAUAAUGAUGGAAGAGGUUGAUGAUGAUGGUGGGAAGAAAGAAGUGGGUGCAGAACUGUAA